CUGCUGCAUCACCAUGCCACCGACACUCACAUUCACACUUACACACACUAUCUCGUUAGUCUUGUUAUUCUUCUUCGCCCACGCGGCGCAUUCUCCGGCAACCGUAAUCUCCGGUGAGCUUCCAACGUUCCGGGAAGCGCCGGCAUUCCGCAAUGGAAGGGAAUGCCAAAAGCGAGUUCAUGGCGGCUCCGUCAUCCACAUCGCGAUGACGCUGGACGCGACCUACCUACGAGGCUCCGUCGCCGGCGUGUUCUCCGUUCUGCAGCACGCGUCGUGUCCGGAGAACGUCGUGUUCCACUUCAUCGCCACCACGCACCGCCGGCCAGAGCUCCGGCGCAUCAUUACCACUACGUUCCCGUACUUAACCUUCCACCUCUACCACUUCGAUGCCAAUCUCGUACGAGGCAAGAUCUCGUACUCUAUCCGUCGCGCGCUGGACCAGCCUCUGAAUUACGCGAGGAUGUACCUCGCCGACAUACUUCCGGCGAACGUUCGGCGAAUAAUCUACUUUGAUUCCGAUCUGAUCGUCGUGGAUGACGUGGCGAAGCUGUGGAGCAUCGAUCUCCACGCGCGCGUCCUCGGCGCGCCCGAGUACUGCCACGCUAACUUCACCAAUUACUUCACGCACCGGUUCUGGUCGAGCCCUAGCUAUGCGGCGUCGUUUAAGGGACGCGAAGCGUGCUACUUUAACACCGGCGUGAUGGUGAUCGAUUUGUGGAAAUGGCGCGAGGGACGGUACACGGAGAAGCUCGAAAACUGGAUGCGGAUCCAGAAACGGAACCGGAUCUACGAACUCGGAUCGUUGCCGCCGUUUCUGCUCGUCUUCGCCGGUGAAGUUGAGCGCGUGGAGCACCGGUGGAACCAGCACGGCCUCGGCGGCGAUAAUCUGGAAGGGCUUUGCCGUGACCUGCACCCUGGUCCCGUGAGUCUCCUCCACUGGAGCGGAAAGGGGAAACCGUGGCUGAGAAUUGACUCGAAGAAGCCAUGUCCAUUGGAUAGCUUGUGGGCUCCUUACGAUCUCUUUCGCCAUUCUUCGUCGUUGUUCUCCGAUUCGUAGUUAGUUAGGGGUUUGAUUUGUGUUUCCGGCGCGGGUGCAUGGUUUUGGCGGUGGGACUGUGUCACCUGAUUGUUGCUCGUCCAGUCGAUAGAGUGUGAUGGGAAAUGACGUAAAUGGACACGUCACGCACGACCCGAGUGUGUAUUGCUAUUUUUGGAUGAGAUGAUACGGUGACGUAUAGAACGUGAUUGGAGUGCAUGCAUGGUAUUAUGUACAGUAUUCGUAGAUAGAUACGACAGUAGUACAGUCUACAGGGGUAGUUGGUGGUAUGGUCUACUGUAUUCUUACACUUGCACUGGGAUCGAAGGAUUCUUCGAUUACAGCUCUUGCGUUUUUUAUUUUUUAUUUUUAAAAAAAUAAAGACUGUAGAAAAAAUAAAAAUCAAAAAUCAAAAGUUCGACUGCGUAAUAAUUGAAUUACCGGACAGAGGUCUCUUAGGAACAGUCUAAAUUGAUUUUUAGGUAAAAAAUAUUGGAUUAAAUAUUGUAAUUUAAUUAAGAUUAAUUUAAAUAAAAUAUUUAAAUUUAAUGUUUUUAUUUAAUUAAAAUUAAUUUUAACUUAUUUUGCGUAAAACUACAA